AUGUAUUUCACCAAGAUCGCUGUUGUUCUUUCUCUGGCUGCUUCGGCUCUUGCCGCGCCCACCGCCUCUCCUAUGCAAAAGCGCGCCUUGACUCAGAAGAAAUACGCCGAUUUCCAGAUCUCUGACGGCAUUGCCGGCAACGCUCUAGCUGAGGCGCAGGCCGCAUUCCCGAUUGAUACAAGUGAUCUCGCCGGCGUGUCCGCGAGUGACCUGGCGAUUAUCCAGGCUGCCAGGGAGACAGCUGAAGCUGCGGAGACCGACGCCUUCAAUACUGAGAUCAAGGCCGCCAGUGGCGAUGCUGCUACAGCACUUCAGAAUGGAAAGAUCAAGAACAAGGUCCUGAAGCUUUUCCUGGAGACGACAGCUCUCCAGAUCCAGCAGGCUCAGGGAGCCGACAACCAGGACAAGAUUGACCAGGAGCAGACCAAGCUGAACAACAACAUCGCCACGGACAAGAAGGCAGCUGGCCAGACCAGCCAGGGCGUUACCUUCACUGGAGAUGUGAAGCCCGACAACUAA